GUUACGGCGGCCUGCACUUGCAGAGAAAGUGAAUCCACGGCCUCUAGUGGAAAACGUAUCCGCAGACAGAUACUUAAAAGCCGGUUCCACAAUGAGCAAGCGAAAGGCUCCGCAAGAGAGUCUGAAUGAAGGGAUAACAGAUUUCCUGACCGAACUUGCCAACUACGAACGCAAUGUGAAUAGAGCAAUCCAUAAAUAUAAUGCAUACAGGAAAGCUGCAUCUGUGAUCUCAAAAUACCCCACAAAAAUCAAGAGCGGGACAGAAGCUAAAAAACUGGAUGGAGUUGGAGCCAAAAUAGCUGAGAAGAUUGAUGAAUUUUUGGCAACGGGAAAGCUCCGCAAACUUGAAAAGAUCCGCAAAGAUGACACAAGCUCAUCCAUUAAUUUUCUCACCAGGGUUACUGGAAUAGGGCCUGCAGCUGCUCGCAAGUUGUUUGAUGAAGGAAUCAAAACAUUAGAUGACCUUAGGAAGAAUGAACACAAAUUAAAUCACCACCAGAAAAUAGGUUUAAAAUAUUUUGAUGAAUUUGAGUUGCGCAUCCCUCGGAAGGAAAUGUUACAGAUGCAGGAUAUUGCUCUUGAUAAAGUGAAAAACCUAGAUCCGGAAUACAUUGGGACUGUGUGCGGAAGCUUUAGACGAGGUGCAGAAUCAAGUGGGGAUAUGGAUAUCUUACUAACCCAUCCUGAUUUCACUUCAGAGUCUACCAAACAGCCUCACCUGUUGCACCAGGUGGUGCAGUGCUUGGAGGACUGCGGAUUUAUUACAGACACGUUGGUAAAGGGAGACACUAAAUUUAUGGGGGUUUGUCAGCUGCCACCUGAAGGGGAUAAAGAGUACCCACACCGCAGAAUUGAUAUUCGGCUAAUCCCAAAAGACCAGUAUUACUGUGGAGUGCUCUAUUUCACUGGCAGCGAUAUAUUCAACAAGAACAUGCGUACUCAUGCACUGGAGAAGGGUUUCACCUUGAAUGAAUAUACCCUACGUCCACUGGGAGUCACAGGGUUAGCUGGGGAGCCUCUCCCUGUUGACAGCGAGAAGGACAUUUUUGACUACAUCCAGUGGAAGUACCGUGAACCAAAGGAAAGAAGCGAGUGAGACUCUUUCACCAAUACAGUUCCUUCUGCAAUGCUGUAAAGUUCACCAAAUAAUCUGAGAUAAACUACUGGCCUGUUGAGAAAACAUCCAUUACUAAAAACAUUGAUAGUAUCAGAAAUGUGUGUAAUACUUUCUAAUGCCGGGAACAUGUGAACGAAUAAAAGUGCUGUGUUUUUAAGAGGUAUAAUGCGAAGUGCAUGCAUGUUGUAGGUUUGUAAGUAUGAGAUAUUAAUGUAGCGUAAAAGAGAGGGGUUGUGAAGAUACCCUAUGAUAAUAUAGUGUGUAUUUUAUCAUAAGAAAACGGUAUUAAAAGGACAGUGUACCCUAAAUUUUCCCCCUAUAUUUUGUUCCCAAUGGUCCAUUUCACUUGCUGAAAUGUAUUAAAAUAGUUUGCAAAAAGAAAAUUUAUAUUUAUUUUGAUAUUUGAAAUAGCUGAUUUUGUCACUGUAUCCCUACCUAUACUGAAAGUUUCUAUAUUUGAGUAUUGGCUAUAGAAAAGUUGUGCCAGCAGAAUAAUUUACACUCCCAGUGGGGGUUAUGAGAAAAAAUGAUAUAAAAACAAAAUUUAUGCUUACCUGAUAAAUUUAUUUCCGUGAAUGGAGAGUACACAAUUUCAUUCCAAUUAAAAAUUAUAUAAAAUGUUAAUUCUCUUUAAGUAUUGGCAUUUGGCAUACAGAUAGAUAAUAUAAAGAAACACGUGUGUACACAAAGUGAUAAAAUAAAGAGAUCUGAUUUCCCUGAUUUUUCAAAGAGCAAAACCACCUAUUUUAUCUAAAAUAAAAAAAAACCAAAAGAAGCAGUUUCUCAUACAUUUUAUACUCUGCAGCUGGUAAUACGAGUCAUUGGAAACGCAUUAAGGGUAAACUUACAGGACACUGUCCCUUUAAGAUAGAUUAUUUAUUUAAAUAAGUUAGUGUCUUAUCUCAAAAUGAAUUGUUAUACUGUAAUUUAAACUGUGAUCAUGUGCGUAAGACACGCUGCUGUCUUAUAAUUGUUUUUUUAAUACAUUCUUUAAAAUAUACCAAAACUCGUUUACCCUACUAUGCAGAAUAAUGCAUAGAUACUGUCUGUUUUUAGACACUUCCUCUGUAUUUAUCUUUAUAUAAAUAUUUGUUUCGCAUUUUUAGCCCAAUAUUGUGUUUUACAGGAAAUUAUAUUAUAUACGUAAUAUAGCUGUUUAUCGGCUCUCUCAUGUCAGGAUUUCGGGGCAUUUGAUGAAACAAUGUAAAUUCAUGUUAUUUUAAAUAAAGUUUUCUUUAGCCUUAUUUAAGGUGCUCUAUAAAGAGAUUAGAGCUACAAAAACAAGUAUUUUAAUUUUAUGUUGUUAAGAGUGAGUGGUUUUCUUGUAAUUUUUAUUAUAACAUAGGCUAUGUCUGUUACAAUUUUUUUUUAUUUUUUUUUAUGUGAAAUGGAGAAAACAAUAAAUUAUAUUGGGCUAUU